AGUAGCUGCUAGCUCGGAGACGGUCGGGAACAAUACCAAACUAAACAUAAUCUACAUGCUCAUAACGCAUCUAUGGGCUUCCGAUAGACCAAUAAAAUGCAACUGAAGUAUCUGAAGACACUUCUGAGCCCCCAGGAGGCUAUUGCCAGGGUGUCCUGCAUGGCCUGGGCGCCGAACAACAGCAAGUUCGCAGUUUGCACCGCGGACAGAGUGGUGCUGCUCUAUGAUGAGCAAGGAGAGAGGAGGGACAAGUUCUCCACCAAACCGGUGGACUCCAAGUAUGGAAAACAGAGCUACGUAGUCACUGACUUGGUCUUCUCACCGGACUCCACUAAAAUCGCCAUUGGCCAGUCGGACAACAUAAUCUUUGUUUACCGAAUUGGGGAGGACUGGGGGGACAAGAAGGCCAUUUGCAACAAAUUUGUUCAGACGGGUGCUGUGACUCACCUGCUUUGGCCUGCAGAACACACAAUUGUUUACGGACUAGUUGAUGGCAAGAUUCGCCUCGCCAACACCCAGACGAACAAAUCUUCCACCAUCUACAACACAGAGUCCUUGGUCGUGUCCCUGGCAUCAAAUGUUUCUGGUAAAGGCAUCCUGUCUGGCCACGCUGAUGGGACCAUUGUACGCUACUUCUUUGAUGAUGAAGGCUCGGGGGAAUCUCAGGGGAAGCUGUUGAUGCACCCGUGCCCACCUUAUGCUCUGGCCUGGGGUGCAAACAGCAUCAUGGUGGGUGGCUGUGACAAGAAGGUUGUGGCAUACGGCAGAGAGGGUCAAAUCCUGCAGAACUUUGACUACAGCCGCGACCGAACAGAGAAGGAGUUCACCGUGGCCGUCACCAGCCCCAGCGGGCAGUCUGUAGUGUUCGGCAGUUUUGACCGGUUGCGAGUGUUUAACUGGGCGCCAAGAAGAGGUGUCUGGGAUGAAGCUAAACCUAAAGAGAUAGUCAACCUUUACACCAUUACCAGCUUGGCCUGGAAGAAAGACGGAUCUCGCCUUUGUGCAGGAACGCUCUGUGGGGGUGUGGAGCUGUUUGAUUGCUGCCUGAGACGAAUUAUUUAUAAGAACAAAUUUGAGAUUACCUAUGUUGGCUUGAGUCAGGUGAUAGUAAGGAACCUCUCUACAGGAACGCGGGUGGUGCUGAAGUCCUACUACGGUUAUGAAAUAGAAGAGGUCAAGAUUAUGGGAAAAGAUCGCUACCUGGUGGCUCACACCUCAGAAACUCUUGUGCUCGGAGAUUUGCUCACAAAUAAAUUAAGCGAGGUACCUUGGCCCGGCUCUGGAGGAAAUGAAAAGUUCUUCUUUGAAAAUGAAACAGUGUGCAUGAUUUUUAAUGCUGGAGAGCUGAGCUUAGUGGAGUACAGUAACAACGAGAUCUUGGGAUCCGUCAGGACAGAGUUUAUGAAUCCCCACCUCAUAAGUGUGCGACUAAAUGAGAGGAAGCAGAGAGGAGUUGAAGACAACAAGAAGCUUGCUUACCUGAUUGACAUAAAGACCAUUGCCAUUGUGGACUUGGCUGGAGGCUAUAAUCUGGGAACCAUAUGCCAUGACUCCAAGAUUGACUGGCUGGAGCUCAGUGAAACCGGAUGCAAACUGUUGUUCAGGGACAAGAAGAUGCGGCUCCAUCUAUACGAUAUAGAGUCCACGAUAAAGACCACGUUGCUGAGUUACUGCUCAUAUGUCCAGUGGGUGCCCGGCAGUGAUGUGAUUGUUGCCCAAAACAGGGGAAACAUCUGUGUUUGGUACAGUAUCGACAGCCCAGAAAGCAUCACCAUGUUCCCAAUCAAGGGAGACAUUGUGGAUCUAGAGAGAAGCGAUGGCAAGACAGAUGUGGUCGUGACAGAGGGCGUCAACACAGUGGCAUACACGCUGGAUGAAGGCCUAAUUGAGUUUGGCACUGCUAUUGAUGAUGGUGACUAUGACAGAGCAACAGCCUUCCUGGAGACUUUGGAGAUGUCACCAGAGACCGAGGCCAUGUGGAAAACACUCAGCAAGCUUGCUCUCAAGGCUCGCCAGCUUCAUAUCGCAGAAAGGUGUUUCGCUGCACUAGGGGAUGUGUCAGUUGUUCGAUAUCUACACCAAACAAAUGAGAUUGCAGAUAAAGUUUCACAGGAAAUGGGAGAAGAUGGGACAGCAUAUUACCAAGUCCAAGCCCGUGUUGCCAUGCUGGAUAAGAACUUUAAACUAGCUGAGAUGCAUUAUAUGGAGCAGAAUGCCAUUGAUGAAGCAAUAGAAAUGUACCAGAUGCUCCACAUGUGGGAUGACUGCAUUGCUGUGGCUGAAAGCAAGGGCCACCCAGAGCUGAACAGCCUGCGUGGGAAAUAUUACCAGUGGCUAACGGAGUCGGGUCAAGAUGAGAAAGCUGGUGAGGUGAAGGAGAGCGAGGGAGACUUCCAGGGUGCCAUUCACCUCUACCUGAAAGCUGGAUUACCGGCCAAAGCUGCCCGUCUGGCCAUGAGCCAUCCUGAGAUAACCAGCAGCAGUGAGACUGUCAGUCGCAUCGCUGCCAGUCUCAUCAAGGGAGAGUUUUAUGAAAGAGCAGGUGAUCUGUAUGAGAAGAUCAGGAAUAACCAGAGAGCUUUGGAUUGCUACUGCAAAGGAGGAGCCUACAGGAAAGCGGUGGAGCUGGCUCGCGUUGCCUUCCCUGCUGAGGUGGUGAAACUGGAGGAGACCUGGGGAGAUUACCUCGUCCAGCAGAAACAGAUGGAUGCUGCCAUCAACCACUUCAUUGAAGCAGGGUGUUCCUUUAAAGCGAUCGAGGCGGCGAUUGCAGCUCGUCAGUGGAAGAAAGCCGUUCACAUCCUAGAGUUACAGGAGGACUCAUCGGCAGGGAAAUACUACGUGAAGAUAGCUCAGUACUAUGCCUCCAUGCAGGACUAUGAGGUGGCAGAACAGCUGUUUGUGAAAGGAGGUCACAUUAAAGAUGCCAUAGAUAUGCACACCUCAGCGGGGCACUGGGAGGAAGCUCACAAGCUGGCGAUGAAGUGCAUGACAGAGGAAGAGGUUUCGGCUCUUUAUGUUAGCAGAGGUCAGGAGCUGGAGAGGGACGGGAAGUUCAAGGAGGCUGAGAGACUGUUUACUGCAGUGAAGCACCCCGACCUUGCCAUCGCUAUGUACAAAAAGAAGCGGAUGUUUGAUGAUGUUAUUCGUUUAGUGGGCAAACAUCACCCUGACCUGCUGACCGAGACCCAUGUCCACCUUGCCAAGGAGUUGGAGACUGAGUCCAGAUUCUCAGAAGCGGAGUACCACUUCAUGGAGGCUAAAGAGUGGAAGGCUGCUGUCAACAUGUACAGAGUCAAUGAUAUGUGGGAGGAAGCAUACAGGGUGGCAAAGAGCUAUGGUGGUGCAGGUGCUCAGAAACAGGUGGCCUUCCUGUGGGCAAGGAGUCUGGGUGGAGAGGCUGCUGUCAAGCUACUCACUAAAUUCGGCCUCCUGGAGUACGCCAUUGAGUCUUCAGCAAAUAACUUAACAUUUGACUUUGCAUUUGAAUUAGCUCGCCUUUCAUGUAAGGAAAAGAUUCCUGAGAUCCACCUCAAGCAUGCCAUAUACCUGGAAGAUGAGGGAAAAUUUUCUGAGGCAGAAGUUGAAUUCAUCAAGGCAGGGAAACCCAAAGAAGCUGUGUUCAUGUACGUCCACAACAAGGACUGGGCCAAUGCUCAGCGGGUGGCCGAGGGCCAUGAUCCAGAGAGCGUGUCUGAGGUUCUGGUUGGCCAAGCCAAGUUCUGCUUUGAACAGAAAGACUUCCAAAAGUCUGAAGCCUUCCUGCUCCGCGCCCAGAGGCCUGAGUUAGCUGUUAAAUUCUACAAGGAUGCGGACAUGUGGAGUGAUGCUAUGCGAAUCUGUAAGGAGUAUCUUCCCAACAAGUUUUCCAUGCUGCAAGAGGAGUAUGAGAAGGAGACUUCCAAGAAGGGGAUUCGGGGUGUGGAGGGGCUGCUGGAGCAGGCUAGGGAGUGGGAACAAUCAGGUGAAUACUCCAGAGCGGUGGAGUGUUACCUGAAGGUGAAAGAUGACUCCAACACAGCCCUGAUGGAGAAGUGCUGGAUGAAGGCAGCAGAGUUGUCCAUCAAGUUCCUGAGCGGAGACCGAGCGCUGGAAGUGGUCCAGGUGGUCGGGCCACGACUCACUCAGCUAAAAAAGUACAAUGCUGCUGCUGAGCUCUAUUUAAACAUGGACCUCAUCAAAGAGGCAAUCGAUGUCUUCAUUGAGGGCGAGGAGUGGAACAAAGCCAAGAGAGUGGCGAAGGACCUCCAGCCGAGGUAUGAAGACUACGUGGACCAGAAGUACAAAGAGCACCUUAAGAACCAAGGAAGAGUUGAGUCUCUAGUUGGUGUGGAUGUCGUGGCAGCGUUGGACCUGUAUGCAGAGAGGGGCCAGUGGGACAAAUGUCUGGACACAGCCGCCAAACAGAACUUCAAGAUCCUCCAUAAGUAUGUUGCGCUUUAUGCCACUCAUCUCAUCAAGGAAGGAGAUGCUCUGAAAGCUCUGCAGCUAUACCUGCAGCAUGGAGCGCCACCCAACCCUCAGAACUUUAACAUCUACAAGCGUCUCUUCCUGGACCUGAUAAGCCUCCCUGACGCUGAUGGAUCAGAUUCUUACCAUAUGUGGGCUGAGCUCCGUAAUUUUCUGCAGCAGCUGUGUGAGAACGUGUCCAUGUCAGCGGAGGCGAACUCUCCAGCUCAUGAAGAUUUUGACCAGAUGCUGCUGAUUUCUCACUACUUUGCCACACGGUCCGCUGCUAAAGGAAUUGAGCAGCUGAUCGGCAUUGUGGCCAAGUUGUCGGUUUCUCUCCUUCGCCACACUGAACUCAUUCCUGCAGACAAAGCCUUCUAUGAGGCUGGCCUGGCCUGCAAGGCUGUUGGCUGGGAGAACAUGGCCUUCAUCUUCCUCAACCACUUUCUGGACCUUUGUGAUGCCAUUGAUGAAGGGACCCUGGACACUCUGGACCACUCGGAUUUCCUUGAUACCGACAUUCCCUUUGAGGUUCCAGUUCCGACCAAACUCUGUGUGACUGACUCUCAGCGGGAGCAGAUCCGGGACUGGGUGCUGAUGGUGUCCAUGGACAACCGAGUGGAGCAGGUUCUGCCACGUGAUGAGAGGAACACGUAUGAAGCCUCUCUGCUGGCUGCCAACACUGGCCUUCGCUCACUUCCUUGUGUUCUCACUGGCUACCCGGUUCUAAGGAAUAAAAUUGAGUUUUCAUCAGCGGGGAAAGCAGCCAACAAAGAAGACUGGAACAAAUUCCUCAUGGCCACAAAGACCAUUCAUAGUCCAGAGUGUCAGGACGUGCUCAAGUUUAUCAGCCAGUGGUGUGGUGGCCUGCCAGCAUCAGGAUUCUCUUUCCAGUGACAGCAUGUUAUCUUUAAUCUGUUAUUUCAUUGCAAUCUUUUAUCUGAGCUGCAACCGUUUGAAUUGUCAAGAGUUCUUCGUUUCCUCCUCCUUUCUUAGUUUUUUUUCUCUUCAAUUCAUUCAGUCUUGUUUUUUAUUUAAAGUGUUUUGUGCUCCUGUUACCUUGAGUUGUAUAAUAACCUUGUAAUUAUUAAAAUUUCAAAUUCA